GGCAUCAUAGCAACCGUAGGCGUCACCUUCAUCCGGGACCACAUAUUCAGCGUCGACACGGUGCGUGGCAGCAGCAUGGCGCCUUCGUUAUCGGCAGAGGAGCACGAGACGGGGAAGAGGGAUUUCGUGUGGAUCCGACGGCUGGUGCCGACGGCGGGGUUGCAGAGGGGCGACAUCAUCACUUUUUGGAAACCGCAUCGGCCGGGGGAGAUUAGUAUUAAGAGGGUAAUUGGGUUGUCGGGGGAUGUCGUGUUUCCUUCACGGGGGUACGCGACGGUGCCGAGCGCGGAGCGGGGGAAGAUGGUGGGGCUUAUGGAUGGGCUGGUGGAAGGGGGAGAGGAGGGCGGUGUUCUGAUUCCGCAUAAUCAUGUUUGGGUCGAGGGGGAUAAUUGGAGGAAGAGUUAUGAUAGUAAUGAUUUUGGGCCGAUUAGUAUGACGUUGAUUGAUGGGAAGGCGACGAAGGUGUGGAGGGGGUGG